CAGAAGGUACAGACAAAGAACUGACGGGGGGUGAUGCUACAGUGCAGUACCAUCCAACUUGAAGGCCACCAGUGGGUGCGGCGCUCUCCCACUGGGAGCGCAAGAGCGCUAAGAGCGCCAGAGCGCAACCGGACUCCGACCCCUCGGGGAGGGGGGGUAUACCGUGGGUCGUUUCUUUGGCACAUGGGGAAAGGGGGGCGCAAUACGACUCCGGCGGAUGCGUGAGCACGCGCAUGGGCCAAGCAACUUCGAGCUGUUUAGGACCAUGGCGCAUCCAGCAACUCAGCUCAAGCGCUGGCCACCACACGACUGAGGCCGGCAGCCAAAGAAGGGUGGAGGUGGAGAGGGGGCAGCGGCAGAACCUUGGUUUCCGCUGUCUCUCUGCGCGUCAGCGCAAGGGAUGCAGUUGGGGCGAACGGACUGCAGACUGCGGGUGGUUGAUGCCGCGGCGAGGGGGACUGGCAGCGGACCAAGUACCGCACCUGGCAGUCUCCUGAGGAGACUACCGCAACUCCUUCGAUGAGGACCUCGGUGGCCUCCGUCUCCGAGGCAGGGAGAUACAGUAGCAAGUCGUAGUACUACUGCUAGGAGUAGUAGUCUCUUGAAGCGUCCCAGGAACUGAGAUUGUCUUUCGUUUUCCGGUCGCACCAGUGAUAGUAGUACUACCACGCCGCUGGCAUUUCCAAGCUGAGUUGUUAGCAUCCAGACUGUCGGGCCACGAUGGGAGCUACAGCUUGCUGGCCGAUCUGCCUGGCUGUUGCCCUCUCUUUCACGAUUCUCGUCCGCGGAUCGACAGAGAGAGAAUCCGUCUCGGAAUACCAGACCAGCAGCAGCCAAGCCUCGAGACCCCGUCUGGUGGGGAGAGUGAGCCAGUUUGAGAAAGAGCUGGGCUACUUUCUUCCAAGACGCUACAGGACCCAUCCAGAGCGAGUUAACCUCGUGACCCGUCCGCUGGGCUUUCCUCUCGACACCUCUCACCUGCCUAACGUUAUGAUGGGCUUCUUUGAGCGAUUCCCUCUCCACGCGAGUCCCCCCGCCGACUUCCCCAGCUCAAAUGACAGUUCAGGUGGCUCAUUUGACCGCGCCUCCGGCGAAUCCAACUGGGCAGUCAAGCUGGGCUGCCACGGCCCGCCCUGCCCCUCUUUUGGUUCCUGCACCGCCCGUUUCCCCAACGUGCAAGCCUGCUGGAACGACCAUCUCGUGGACGACGCAGACGACAAACCCAACCCCCCUAUAAACUGCCCCAUUAAAGCAAGCAGUGCCGGCAGGUUGGGUGUGGAGUUCGAUGCGUCGUGUUCCCACCGGGAGGACUUCAUCCCGCAUGCUGCAUCUUCGUUGCAGAUGAUUCGCCUGGAAGAUGUGUUUGUGACCUAUGACGGUUACACUGUGAACCAGUCGCACGUGUUCGUGCGAAAUGGGUGCCAACGAUUCUAUAGAAAGGCCAAGUACAAGCCGCAGCACAUGGUGCACGAGAUGCCAAGGGCGGUGUUCAACUGGGCGCACCAGCCUGGCAGCAACUUCUACCACUUCAUGGUGGAGCUCGUUCCGCUCUUUGUCGUGGCGGCGCCCCUCAUGGCGUCCACGCUGCGCCACCUGACUGUGCUCGUGCGACACACACAGUGGCUUCUCUAUGAGCAACUGGCUGCUCCUCUCAUCGGCAUCCAGCCCGGUCAAAUUCGCCUGCUGCCCACAUUCGUCGGUGACCUUUUUCAUGCCGACGUAGUGUACCAGCCCAUGUUCCAGGACUGCGACCAUCCCAGCCAGGCUCUCUGGCGUAUGCUGCGGCGUCGCCAUCUGCUGCACCCCGCUGGCCUCCCUCUCUUCCACCCCGACUGGACCUAUCGUCACCAACGCCCGCUCUCCGCCUCCCAGGCACGCGCCUUUCCCUCGGACUGGGUGGUGGUGCUGGCAAAGCGCCCGGAGGGGAAGACGAGAUCACUCGUGAAUUUCCGGGAGGUGGAGGAGGAGACGGUGCGUCGGUUCGGGCGCGAGAGAGUGGUGGUGUACGAUGGAUCACUCUCGAUCCUGCAAGCCCGUGAGCUCUUUCGGCGAGCACGGUUCUUCAUAGGAGGCCAUGGAGCGGCCCUCACCAACAUGAUCUUCAUGCCAGAAGGAACUUCGGUCUUUGAGAUUCGGCCAGAGGAGAGCUUUGUGACCGUCUUCCACGUCCUCGCCUCUGCCUGCUCCCUCCGCUACCACCUUGUGUUAAGCAAGGGCGACCGCCUUUCCACUGCUGUAGCAGAUGUGCCUAGGGUGGUGAAGGUGCUUGAUGAUGUUCACAUGUGGUUUCAAAAGGAGGAUGGCAGUGGUGUGCGACAAAAAGAGCUCGCGCUGUUAGGAAAUCAGCCCGGCUUGUAGAGCAAAGAAGCAUUCGCUGAAGCUCGUCUCAGAGUAGAAAGUGUUUUACUAGAAUGGAAUAUAACUUAUGGUGUUGUACUCUAUAUGAGCAUGCACUUAUCUAGCCUAUAACAUAUA